GUUUCACUUCAAGCGCUGAUCUGGAAAACAUGUGUUAAUCACAGUCAUGCCGGCCGUCCCUCGGAAUUUUGCUCACCCGCGCAGUCUGUGGUCAUGGUUGAUGUCCAUCUGCUUGAUUCGCACCUGACAUCCAUGUCUUCUUUGGGGAUCAAUUCUUCUACUAAAACGGUCAAUUUGCAUCAUAAUUCUAUUAGCAAGUUGGAGGGUCUUGAAUCGGCUUUUGUCCUUGAGCACUUGGACGUAUCUUCUAAUUCUGUUCUUCGCAUCGAGAAUCUGGAAGCAUUAAAGCGCCUCCGUACUUUGAAUUUAUCCUCAAAUAGGAUCUCUGAAAUUAGUGGGCUGAGGAACCUCAGAAGGCUAGUCAGACUUGACUUAUCCUUCAACGCGAUCGAGAACUUGAGAGGCUUACUUGAGCUGUCUGGACCCGAAUACAGUCUUACGGUUCUUCAGCUGCAGGGAAACCGCAUCGCUUCGUUAGAUCACUUACUUCAUUGCACCUCGGAUUUGAUUAAUCUUCGCCAGCUGACGCUGAUGGAUCCACAUACGGAUGCAAACAAUCCCGUUUGUCUUUCUGAAGGUUACCGUUCAGCAACGCUGGAAGGCUUGCCCCAGUUAAGUAUACUGGAUAACUUGGAUCGUCUUGAUCGGCCGUUACAAGUCAAUGUUCUUUCAGACGUUCCUGAGUUAACAGAUUUCCUGGAUUGUAUUUCUACAACCAGCCUUUGUGAACUAAAUGAGCUCGAGCGAAUGAUUCAAGAGUACUGCAUUCAAAAGGGCUCCUGUGAAGUUUGUCCACGGGGUCCUAUGGAUGUCGAACGGAGCUCCAUACAGACAGAGUCUCACAACGUACAUGCCAUUGAAGGUAUGGCCACCGAUAAGCGCCCCCAGUGCUCUAUCUCAUCUACCACGGAGCAAAGGCUGCUGAAUCUGGAGAAUCAAUUGAGUUCGUUGAUCGCCCUACAACUGACUCAUUUAAAUCAUCCCGGGGAUGGCUCGUGUCCCUCUUCACGCGAUUACGACCAAUCCCCGGAUGUUCCGCCUUGUAAAAAUUCUGCCACCGCUCCUAACGGGAGACAGAGAUUGUCGAAUUAUGGAGAAUGUCAUGUGGACGAAAAGUUCCCAAGCGCAGAACUCGGUGACAAACACUCCAGAGAAGAUGGUAUUAAUUCUACAGCUCAUCCACCCAGCGGUUCAGAUAGGGUUCCGGCGCCGAACAAACAGCCGCGCACCACCCAAAUCCCCAAGCUUCCUAACGUAGUGACUCCCAGUUUCGCUACCGCUGGCUUAACCACUAAAUCAUCUUCAGAGGACCACCCACCUGGUGCACCGAAAAAACCCGUCAUGAGUCGACCUAAUUCAAGGAUGGAUCUUCAUCCCUCUCACGGUAAGCCAAUCCUUCCGAGACGGCCUCUGUCCACUCCUGGACAGCCUCCCGAUGCAUCUCGAAUCAUUCCCGUUGCUUCCGUCGGUUCGGAUUCGAACGCAGUGCGUAGGCCUUCCCACAACGUAAAGAAGAGCGCUACGUCCGAAGCUAAGAUUUCGCAACCGGAUCAAGUGUCCAACACUGGAGGCGUUGCGGACAGAACCCUUGGGCAAUUAUUGAAGGAAUUGGACUCCGAACGAGCUCAGCGCAAACACCUUGAACAAUUGUGUCAGGAUUUGACCGGAAGAAUACUUCGCUUAGAGGCUUCCGCUACGGACGAAGUGAAGGCGUUGGAAGCCACAGAGCAACUCAAACAAGCUUUUACAAACGAACGCCGUGCACGAUUACUUGCUGAAUCGAGGCUACGUGAUCUUGAUACUCGCUUAAGUGAGGUUCUUGCCUCUUUGGAGGCCAUGUGUAACCGGGAGGAGGCCAACAAGGUUCGCACAAAUGAGGAGACCUCUAAGAUGUCUGCACGCUUGAUGGAUUUAGCCAAGGACUAUAAAAAUGCGAUAGAUCGUGCAGAAAAGGCAGAAAAGAUGGUCGAUGAACUUCAUGCUCAAUUGGGAAACCUUGAAUCCGUAAAUCGGGAGCUCACAGAGAAACGCUUUACCAUAGAUAGUCCGGAAGUGCUUCAGCUUAUUUCAGCCCGCAUUGAUGUUGUCGAAGCCAGACACGAGCAGACAAUCAAAUCGCUUAAUGAAAAACUGAAGGAAGCUGACGUUCGAUUCCAUGCAUUGGAAGAUGAAUUUCGCCUCGCUCUACGCAUUGAGGCUGAACGGUACGGAGAGCUGUAUAGUACUGCCGAAGCUUUGAAACAAAAGCUUACCGAUUCAGAGUCGCUUACCAAGGACCUGGAACAGCGUGAGGAGUCUGCGCGGCAACUAGUAGCUCAGCUAACCUCGGCGAUGAAGGAACAAAAAUCCAAAGCAUUGAGUCAACAGAAAGCCAACUUGCUGCUUCAGCAUAAUCAGAAGGAACGGAUUGUCGCUCUGGAGGCACAACUGGAAGAGGCACAAAAUCGGCUCGUUUCGGCCGAAAAUCUUCGACAGCAAGAGCACAAACAGCUCAAAGCUGAAUUGGCCGCCCAAGAAUCCCUCGUGAUGGGUUUGCGAGCUGAGCGCCGGAAUUGGAGCGAAGAGCUGGCGAAGCAAGGUUCGGCACUGUCGCAAGACCGUGGGCGACUGGAAGCUAAAAUCGAAGCACAGACCCUGGAAAUCGCCAGUUUGAAGAAGAGUUUAGAAACUGAAGUCGACUGUGUGAAAAUCAAGACAAAAAUGGUGGACGACCAUGUGGAGACUAUCCGAAAUUUGAAAAAGGGGUUAAUGGAUAACCAGACAGAAAUGAAACGGAUACAGGAGGACGCGCUGGCCACACAACGACAGAUGGAAGAACAAAUCAGACAUCUGCAAAAGAACAGCGAAGAAAAUCUGACGAAGAUAGAACGGCUUGUGGCACGCAAGGAAGAGCUUAAAGACACCGUCACCGUGCUAGAGUCAAGAAUAGAAGAACUUCAAACGCAAAAUGAGUCUCUCAGCGAUCGAUGGCGUGAACGUUCCACUCUGUUGGACAAACUGGAGAAGCAAAUGGAGCAGAUGACUCACCGCUGGGAGCACGAGAAGCAAGAACUGGUCACUGAGCGCGAUAAGGCCCAAGAACAAAUAAAAGAAUUACGCGGCCAAAUGGAAUUCAUGGAUGCCGGAUUUCGACAGCAGUUACAAGCAGUCACCGAGUCGAAGGACGUUGCCAUGUCCGCUGUGCGAGAAGAAGCAGAACAGUUGCGCUCCAACUGCGAAAGUCGCGUGGCUGAUGUUGAAGCUGAAAUGCGCGCGGUUCUAAUUGAAACAGAAAAAGCGAAAGCUGCAAUGGAAACUCGAUUACGACAGGUUUCUGCAGCGCUAAGCGAUCCAAUAAACCGAGAACCGGGGACGCCACCCUUGAGAAUGUGCCACAGUUCACAGUCCAUGCCUUACCAACCGUUCCCAAUGAACUUCGGAUGGAUAUCACCUCCCUUGCUUGAUAACAGAAGAACCAAAUUUACACCCCCACCAGCAUUUGCAGCAUGUAAUUUCCCACGAGCAGGCCAGCUAGGAGGAUUGUGGCGGAAGGCGUGAUGGACGAACGUUCCACUUCAGUUCCCACUAUUACGAUUGAGUUUGAUUAAGGAGCGACGAUGUUCGUAGUUCCCUGCUAUGGCAACAAUUACUUCGGUUACUUUAUGUUCACACGCAUUGUAUUAUCAUCUUUUGUUCAAAUGAUUAAAAGUUCUCACAAUUACAAA